CCUCACCCGCUCCCGGAGCCGCGCGCGCCCCCGCCGCGCCCCGCCCCGCCCCUUCCGGCCCGGGAGUUUUGAUUUCCUUGGCGGGCGGAAGCGGCCAGAACUAGACGAUUCCAAAGCUUACCAGGGGCUCUGGGCGCUCGCUGCUUCGCUCGGGACUGCUGGCCGCCUCCUGUGUGCUUCCACCCGGCCCCGCCCCCCCGGCUCUCCACCCCUCUGCCCCUCAGGUUCCUUUUGUAAUUUUGUAGAAACUUCCAGGAGGACUAUGAAAGAUUAUGAUGAACUUCUCAAAUACUAUGAAUUAUAUGAAACUGUUGGGACAGGUGGCUUUGCAAAGGUCAAACUUGCCUGCCAUAUCCUCACUGGAGAAAUGGUAGCUAUAAAAAUCAUGGAUAAAAAUGCACUAGGGAGUGAUUUGCCCCGGAUCAAAACGGAGAUUGAGGCCUUGAAGAACUUGAGACAUCAGCAUAUAUGUCAACUCUACCAUGUGCUGGAGACAGCCAACAAAAUAUUCAUGGUUCUUGAGUAUUGCCCCGGAGGAGAGCUGUUUGACUACAUAAUUUCCCAGGAUCGCCUAUCCGAGGAGGAGACCCGAGUUGUCUUCCGUCAGAUAGUAUCUGCAGUUGCUUACGUGCACAGCCAGGGUUAUGCUCACAGGGACCUCAAACCGGAAAAUUUGUUGUUUGAUGAAUAUCAUAAAUUAAAACUGAUUGACUUUGGUCUCUGUGCAAAACCCAAGGGUAACAAGGAUUACCAUCUUCAGACAUGUUGUGGGAGUCUUGCUUAUGCAGCCCCUGAAUUAAUACAAGGCAAAUCAUACCUGGGAUCGGAGGCAGAUGUUUGGAGUAUGGGCAUACUCUUAUAUGUACUUAUGUGUGGCUUUCUACCAUUCGAUGAUGAUAAUGUCAUGGCUUUGUACAAGAAGAUUACGGUGAGUGUUACAAGGCAUGCAUAGAAUUUCACUGUAACA